AUGGAGAUCGAGCAUCUUCGGGAGCGAAACCGCUUGAUCCAAUCCUUCGAAGCAACGGAUCACCAGAGAACGACUCACGCGCCAUCACGUCAAACGCCGUCAGCACGGAAGAAACGGUCACCAGACCCAACCGAGGACGAGCAACCGAAGCUGACACCAGUGAACGAACCAGAUGGAGAACCAUCCGGAGAUGGUACACCAGCAGAAUCGGAUCCAUCAGACCAACAGCCGGUGGAAUCCUUGCCGGUUGACGAGCCCACACCGGAACCAUCCAAUCAGGUGCUGGAAAUUGAAGGCACGGUGGAAGGCGAACCGGAUCAGGGUCAACUGCAGUCACAAAACCAGGCACCCGUGCAGCUCGAAGAACCGCCUAAUAUGCAACAAACGGUGCAGGAUGCGAUUGAUAGCGCUGACUUGGAGCAGCUGGCCACUAUCGUGCUGAACGGUGAAGGAAAACAACUCAUUGGACGAAAAUCCGGGCAAUCGGAAAUACAAGCGUUUCUAGACAACGUUCCAGCGUACAUGGCUAAAAUUCGACGAGUACACCUGGCGGCACGCGAGGGAAGCCUGCGUGAUUUACAAUCGGCCCUAGACAGACGCAAAUUCGCCACGGCAAAGGACGAAAUUUCCCCGCACGGUGCAACACCCCUACACGUGGCGACGGUGUUCGGGCACGCAGGAAUCGUGCGCUACCUUGCGGGUCGCUUCCCAGAGACACUCGGUGCCAUUGAUGACGAUGGCAGGACCCCCCUGCAUUAUGCGGCAACCCUGAAGGAUAACGGCCACUUCUACAAUCUGCUGACGCACCUUGGCGCCAAUCCAAAGGUGGAGGAUAACCUCAACCGCUCGGCCGAGUAUUAUCUGGGUCACGUGCAAUCGCAGGGCGUGCUGUCCCAUCGGCAACUGUUGCGCGAUUAUGGUGCCAAGGAAGAACUCGCCGAUGAGAUGCUGAACGAUCAAGAGCUGGGUGAACAACAGGUCGAGAUACCUUUAUUCCGCACCGAGGAAGGUCGUUAUCUCGCCACGUCUCUCGGAGAUCCGCUGAUCAAGGGCUUAACGGAGGUAGCGAACAAGCGGCCACCGGAUCCAAUAACGUAUCUGGCAAAUUAUUUGUUUAACUUUGCCAAUCAAAAAACGAAACCCAGUCGUAAGGAGUCAUCAGAAAACGACUCCAAUAACAACUUCAUCGAAGGUUCUGUAAACCAACCGGCCGAAAAGGAGCUCGAGAGCUCGGGAAAGCAAACGCCUGCCAACAUAGCGGCCACGGUGCAACCGACGAUGGAACCGAUAGCAGUCAAGGAUGAAAGUCAACCGUCACCUGACGAGCCGGAUUUGAUACCAGCUCCUUCGGAUGAUCGGGACGAACACGGACAGAGUAUGCUUCAAGAGAUCUGGCGUGCUAAUGUCGGAUGGGACGAAAAAAUCAGCGGCCGUUUAGCGGAACAGUGGGAAAG